AUGGUAAAACAGAAUGAUGCUGUUGCAGCUCCCGGCGACAGCAAUGAGGACAUGCCUCCUCCCCCGCUCCCGCCUCGCCAACGGGCAAGCACCGGUGAUGACACCCUCGGCGUGGACUCGGCCCCGCUGCAGUCCAGGGCCACCACGGCGAUAUCACCCAUUGAUAUCCAGACACUGUCUUUCCCGGACGGCUCGCGAGGGACGUUCUCGACGGCCAGCACCAAAGCACCGCCGUCCCCAGCCCAUAUUGGCAGCGGCUACACCUCCCCCAACGUCCCCGGUCUCGUGCCCUUGAAUAGUGAGAACUCGGAUUCGAUGAGCAUCAUGAGCUUCGCGCCUACGAUGCGGCCUCCGGGUGACUUGGCAAGCCUGGUGGCUGGAGACUUCAACCGGAAAAGCCGGGCCUGGCAGCUUCUGAGGUCGCAAUCUGCUGCCGUCCAGCCCUUCGAGAGCAAGAGAUCGGACGGCCCAAAGCGACUUGUUGAUUUUGAGAAGGAGUUUGCCCCGAUCCCGGAUCUGUCCGAGGAUAACUUAGACGAGAGCUCGGACGACAUCAGGCUGUCGCUCUGGAAAUCCAAGCUCAAACACUAUAUGAUACUGUCAUCGGCCGGAAAGCCGAUAUGGAGCCGCCACGGCGACCUCAGUCUCAUCAACUCAUAUAUGGGCGUCGUUCAAACGAUCAUCUCAUUCUACAAGGAGGCCAAGAACCCCUUGCAGAGCUUUACUGCGGGUAACGCCCGUUUUGUUGUCGUCACAGAAGGGCCUCUCUAUUUUGUCGCCAUCAGCCGGCUGGGCGAGAGCGAUGCCCAGCUUCGGGCCCAACUCGAGGCCUUGUACAUGCAGAUCCUGUCGACGCUGACGCUGCCGACGCUGACAAAGAUCUUUGUGAAUCGUCCCUCCACAGAUCUGCGCAAACCGCUGCAGGGCACGGAAACCUUGCUCUCCUCGUUGGCGGACAGCUUCACCAAGGGCUCGCCCUCUGCCCUCCUCGGCUCUCUCGAGUGUCUGAAGCUGCGCAAGUCGCAGCGAUACGCCAUCAAUAACGCCUUUCUGAAACAGAGGACCGAUAAGCUCCUCUACGGGCUGAUCGUGGCGGGAGGCAGGCUCGUCAGCGUCAUCAGGCCCCGGCGCCACUCUCUGCACCCGAGCGACCUGCAGCUGAUCUUCAACAUGCUGUUCGAGUCUGGAAGUAUAAAGGAGGGCGGCGGAGAGAACUGGGUUCCCCUCUGCCUUCCGGCUUUCAACAACCAAGGCUACCUAUACAUGUACGUCAGCUUCUUCGACGGGAGCCCAUCUGGCGACCAGGCAGAGUCCAAGUCACCCUCGGUCGCGUCGCCGGACGAGGCCGUGGCCAUCAUCCUCAUCAGCCCGGAUCGGGAGAGCUUCUUCGACCUCAAAGAGAUGCGCGACAAGGUCGCCGCGCAGCUCACCAAGAACGGCAGCCUGGCCAUCAUCGCCGCCGCCGCGCGCGCCGGGCGGCCCCAGCCCUCGGACAUCUCGCCGGGGACCCAGCUCAGCCACUUCCUCUACAAGUCGCGCGCCAACGUCCAGUUCGCCAUGUCGUCCCUGGAGCCCGCCUUCGGCAGCAGGGGGGACCCGGACCUGGUCGGCCGCCGCCGGCUCAUGACGCUGUACCACCAGCUGCACGCCGCCGUGCACGCACGGCACUCGCACCUGCGCAUAAUGCACUGCGCCGGCGAGGACGCGACGAGCCUCGCGUGGAUCACGCCCGUCUUUGAAUUCUACUGCGUGGCCGGGCCCAACGCCUCGCGCGCGGCGAUGACGCAAGGCGCCAACAAGAUUGUACAGUGGGCCAAGAAGGAGGAAGAACGGCUGUUUAUUAUUGGGGGUGGUGUGUUUUGA